AUGAGCGACUGGACAUCCACUUCAUCAUCCUCAUCAUCAUCAUCUCUUAUUCAACGUUUAUUGAUGGUGUAUGAAUUCUUUUAUUUCUGUUUUUAUGGACUUUAUUUAUUAGUUUGUGAAUUGGAGCUACUUACUAAAAUAAAGUCAUUGGUACCAUUUUUCGGAGUUAAAAUUAAACCACUCAUGUCCACUUUAGAAGAAAUGAUUUCUCAUAAAAUUGAACUUGUUAAACCAGAGGCUGAUCAAUUUUAUAUUAUUACAGGUGCCAAUUCUGGUAUUGGUUAUGAAACUGCCAAAACACUGGCCUGUGAAUUUGGUUUUAAUGUAAUUUUAGCUUGUCGAUCUGAAGAAAGAGGAACCGAAGCAUUAAACAAAAUUCAACAAGAAUUGAAUAAGAAAAACUCAAAAGUAAUUUUGAAAUUCCUUUCAUUGGAUUUGAAUUCAUUGAGUAGUGUCAAAUCAUUUGCUGAAAAGAUUAAUCAACAAUAUAAGGUCAAGUGUCUCAUUGCUAAUGCUGGAAUAAUGACACCACCAUAUGGUUUAACAAAGGAAGGACAUGAAACUCAAUAUGGAUGUAAUUAUUUGGCUCAUGUUCUCUUAACAUUAUUGUUAAAGAAUAAUUUGGCUGAAAAUGGACCAGAUAGUAGAAUUGUUUUUGUUGCAUCUGAAGCUCAUCAAACUGGUCAUGUUGAUUUGGAAGAUCCUGAUUUUAAAAAGAGACCUUACAAUCCAUUCCAUGGUUAUACUCAAUCUAAAAUGGCUCAAAUCAUGUUCACUUAUCAUUUUGAUAAGUUAUUGAAAAAGGAAGGAUUAGGUGGUAGUGUUUCAAUUAAUGUUAUUCAUCCAGGUAUUGUUUCUACAAAUAUUGGUUCAAAUAUUUGGUUCCCAUUCAAUUAUGUUUUCAAUUGGGGUAUUAGUCUUGUUGCUCUCACACCUAUUGAAGGUGCUAUUAAUCAAAUCUAUGUUUCUUGUGCUAAGGAAUUGGAAAGAGUUUCUGGAAAAUAUUUUUGUCAUUGUAAUCUUGCAAAGAGUAAUGCUGAAAGUUAUGAUCCUGAAUAUGGAACUAAAUUAUAUGAAAAGACUUUGGAAACUUUGAAACCUUGGUUAUAA